AUGUCCCUCACAGUGCGACACCUCAACGCCGAUACGAGUUUCCUCCUCAUCUUCUCGCCCGAAGCCCACCCGGUACCUUCGGACUUCAAUAGUGCCAAUGGCGCCUUCAGCGUCCUCGUCGAUCCGUGGCUAGUGGGUGAUUCUGUGGUGACAGCUCCGUGGUUCGCAAUCACCAAACGUGUGAUUCCCAGCGCCAUACAGCACCUCUCGCAAAUAGAGGAACCGGAUGUGGUAGUGGUCUCGCAGAAUAAACCCGACCAUUGCCAUAGAGAAACCCUCCUGCAAUUGCGCCCAGAAGCGAAGACCAUCGUGGCAGCCGAGCCAGGCGCAGCCCGGGCUAUCAAGAGCUGGAACCACUUCGACCCCAAUCGCAUCCAUGGUCUGACCAAGUUCGACCCCAAGACCAGAUUUGGGAACUCGUUCCGUGUGCGUAUACCUCCGCUCUCGCCGCGAGGCCAUGCCGGAGAGGUCUGCAUUAGCUUCAUUCCCGCAAAGAAUUAUUUGACCGGCCUGCACAACGCAUUUGGCAUCACUUAUAUACCUCCCACGCACCACAAAUCUAUCGCUACCGUGCCGACCAUAGAUCUGCCCAAGGCCACAAGGUAUUUCCAUAUCCCCAUGAGCCCCGUCAGCAUGCUGGCCAACAGCCCACCUCAGCCGGUUUCACCAAUCUUCCAGCGACCAGUAUCGAUAGAUGUGCCACGCGACUCAACGCGUGGCCAUCGACCGCAGCUCUCCAGAUCUUCCAAUACUGCAUCCUCUGAGUUCCUGCCCCUCUCUGAGCAAGCCAGAUUUAGCGACAAUUUCUCAGAGACAAAGGAUGGCCGUUCGCUGAAUGUGCCUCAAACUACAAUCACCAAACAGAAAUCGGAACCGUCAUUCCAGAUCAACGACUCAUUCGACUUCGGUAUCGAGCAUCCCCCCUACAACUUCAACACUCUCGAAGCUCUACCUACUCCACCUGACUCACCACAGACCGAAGUCUCGCGAGCACCGUCGAUUUUCUCGAAUCGCAAGUCCCCUGGGCCAUCUCACCAGCAGUCCAUAUCGUCCAUUGCUUCACACCCCUCUCUAGUCUCGCCUGUAACGCCAGCUCGGCCGAAGCCAAUCUCUAUCAUCUACUCGCCACAUGGCCUGCCCUUUGCAGAUUUGCAACCAUAUAUCCGUUCACACCUUGUUCGCAUUGGUGCGUUGCCGUUGACACUCCUGCUACAUUCCUUCGACCAUGCGCAAAACCCAUGGUAUCUUGGCGGCAACAUCAUGUCGGGGGCUGCUGGCGGAGCCAAGAUUGCUCGAGCUCUGAUGGCUCGCUGUUGGAUCUCGGCACAUGAUGAGGAGAAAGACGACAAAGGUGUCAGUGUGAAGCAGUUAAAGGUCAAGCGCUGUCAAGCCGAAGACGUCCACAAAGUGUUGUGGGCUGGUGACGAUGGUGAGUGGUUGAAGCAAAAAGGUUGGACGUGCGACGUUCGCAGCCUAGAUGUCGGUAAGGAGAUGUUCAUUGGCCAAGCGAGAGACUUGCUGGCCGGUAUGGAAGGGAAACGUGAGAGUAGGCUUCUGAAGUUCGGUGUUGGGUGA